AUGACUGAGGUCGGGCCUGCCGACCGCUCCAGGCUUUUGCGAUCCAAACGCGAUGAGAUUUCUUCAAUUGUAACGUCGAGGAAGCGGAAGCUCCGACAGCUCUUCGCUGUCGCGACCGAGAGCGAUGCACUCCCGACAAACGACUUCGCGAACCCUGACGCGCCGCCCACCUCAGCAGCCGAACUGCAAUUCCUGCAGACUUGCGACAUCUUACAAGGGCGGAAGCUCAACGAAGCGAAUGUUCCUCCCCGACCUCAACUGCGCUACGAUGUCUUGCGGAACUCCCUCGAUAAUUCUGGCCUUUUCGCACCGGAGACUGCGCUCGCGCCUCCUGCCAAGCAAGAUGCGUCGACCGAAUUGCAAACGAAGAACACUACUGCGCCGUCUCAACGUCAGCCUGUAGCUGCAACCAGCGACACGAACGGCGUCGCACCGUCGCCUCGAACACUCGCCGGCUCUGCUCUUCCCUCAUCGCUUCCGCCGAAGCCUCCGACGCCUGUAUCUGCUGCAGCGACGCCAGCGACUGCGGCUCGACCCGAAGCUGUCAAACCCUCUGCUGUGCCCGCCUCAGUCCCCUCGCCAUCGCCAGCAGCGGCUCCCACGAAUGAUCCUCUCCACGCAUCACGAGGGGAGGCUAGCGAGGUUACCGAUACUGAUGUUACCGAGAAGCUUGGUUCCUCUCCCGUGCGCACUGCUGGCAUCUCCAAGCAAGUAGGGUCUCGGCCAGCCGAUGCGCCGCAGGUGGCUCCCCAACCCCCGGCUGUUCAGCUGCCCCCUCGGCCAGAGGCAAAGAAACCGGAUGACACGAACCCCCCUACUGUGAAGUUGCCGUCCGAUGCCACGAAGGUAGGAGAUGGGUUCUCUUCACCAGGCUCGACAACACAAACAGCCGCGACCCCUGCUGUUCACGAUGUUUCCACGGAUACCAGCCCCGAUAAUGAAGGGCCUCAAUAUGUGGAACGGGUGGAGGGUCGAAGUGAGGCCGAUGCAGCGGAUAGGGUCGAGGAAGCAAAGGAUUCCGAUACCAUGCGUUCUCCCGAUGCCGAUCCGUUCAAUGGCAGAAUUCCAGAUGGGCCCGAGGCCCAGCUUCUCCAGGAGUCCAUGGCGAUGGACACUAAGCCAACACCACCGCCAGUUGAAACCGUCGCGAAGCAGCCGUCAUCACCUACUGUUCCUGCUGUGUCCGUUGUACCUCUAAAGGAUGCGCCAGAGCUGGUAACGUCCUCAGCCCAACCCAUUUCCCAGGAUGCUCCCCUUACGACAGUUGAGCCAAAGAUUCCUGUUGCAGCCAAAGAAAAUUCAGACAGCCAAGAGUCACAGCCCGCAGAUAAAAUGGACGUGGAUCCGCCCACCAGUACCCAAACAGAAGAAAAACCUUCCGUCCAGGUACAAGAUACCACCAGUGUCGAACCCUGCUCAGCAGGGCCCCAACCCCCAUCUCAGGCACAACCGGAAGCACCCCGGGAUCCAGAGCGAGCAGUCACUCGAACCGCCUCAGGCGCUAUGAGACAGAAGUCCGUUGCCGAAAUACUGGGAGAAACGAAGACUCAGAUUGAUCCGGGCGUCAAAGCACCCCUCAGUCAGCUUACGCCAAUGACAUCUACACCUCAAUCUCCUAAAAGGCCAAAAACCUUUGCAACCAAGAAGAAGGAGAAAGAGAAAGCCAAGAAUAAACCUUCCGCAGUAGUCUUUGGUAAGCAAAGCAGGCGAUCUGUGGACAAGUCUAUAGUGCCCAGUCAGCAGAAGCAAAGCUUUCUUCCCACGGAUGAUUACUUCACGCCACUCUUUGUUCAAGGCUUUACUCAGACAUCGAAGUGGAUGAAGCCCAUCGAAGUCAUCCUCAACCAAUCCCAUAAGACGGUCUCUACCCCAGAUGCCUAUGUGGCCAUUCAAGAUAACCAGGCAUGCCGAGUGCUCCGCCGCGUUUAUCACCUGCAGCAGCAUGACAAAUGGUCGCUGCGGCAGCCUAAGAGAUGCCCGGAACCUGUGCGCCCAGAGUCCCACUUGGAUGUCUUGCUCCAAGAGAUGAAGUGGAUGAGGACGGACUUCAGGGAAGAGAAGAAGUGGAAGCUUGCGGCUGCUCGCAAUCUUGCACAUGCUUGCGCGGAAUGGGUUGCUUCGACCGAGGAAGAACGUAAAGACCUCCAGGUUUCCGCUUACAUCCCGCCGAAGCCCCAGCCGCUUGACACUGAGGCUGACGCGUCAAUGGUUGACGCUAUGUUGGAUGUUGCCGAUGCCCAAGCAACACCUGAGUUGGUACCCUCUGGAGACCACGACUCCCCCGAGCACGUAGACGAGCUGCGUGAAGAGGUUCUUGAGACCGUCGCACCCUCUGCCAUAUUUGCUCUCGACGAGGACGACGUUGUAUUUGAGCUUCGCAGUUCUCCGGCCGCCGACCAACUGCUGCAGGAGCUCCCAAUGUACGGAGCGCCACUCAAAGUUCCUGCAUUUGAUUUCACUGGCCCCGAGUUUGAUCCCGAUGCGCACUGGCGCCGCCCAGCUCUUCCGCUGAGCAAAUACGUCGAAGGCGAGAUGAAACUUUCAUCAGACGGCCCCCCAAGAAAACGGAGCCGAUACCAGUACGAGGAAGAGGAAGAUGACGAUGACGAGAAGGUGGUGUUCGGAUCUCAACCUACCAAGAAGAUGAAGUUGCCGCCGCAGAACAUCGACGUGGCUUUGUUCCAUCCUGAGAUGAAGUCAAUUCGAGAUCGCCUUCACGCGGGCCAUCAAUUCCGACCACCUGCAGAGUAUCAGAUGCCGAUGCAGAGUUUCUACGAGUGCCGCAGCCCGUCACAGUGGACUUUGCCCGAGGACGACGAGUUGAGGAGUUUAGUUCGCGAGUACUCGUACAAUUGGUCACUCAUCUCCAGUCUCCUCACUCCGAGGUCUGUUUUCACAUCUGGGGCAGAGCGGAGGACGCCAUGGGAAUGCUUCGAGCGUUGGAUCAACCUUGAAGGCCUUCCUACAGAUAUGCAAAAGACUCAGUACUUCAAAGCAUAUCAGAAUAGGAUCGAUGCUGCCAACCGCGUCAUCAUGCAACAGAACCAAAUCGCUCAGCAACAAGCCGCUGGCUCGACAACGCCCGCGACGCCGGUCGCAAGGCGCAGACCAUCAACGCCUUUGAGGGUUGAGCGGCGACGCAACCAGAAGCAUUUGACGCUAAUCGAUGCCAUGAGGAAGUUGGCCAAGAAACGAGAGACUGCAGCCCAGAAGCAGCAACAUGCCACCCAAAUGGCUGCUAUGCGCAAGGCUAAUGAGGCUGCGCAGCCCAGAGGCCCUACCAAAACGCCGAGAGAUUAUAGCCUGAUGAGGUGGGAGCGUGACCAGCAACUCGCCGAGAAGGUGGCCCAAUUCCACCAGCGCCAGGAGACUCAAAGAAGGAUUGCCAUGCAAGCACGUCAAGGUCAGGUCGCUGCUCAGGUUGCAACAACUCCUGGCACCGCUCAGGCGCAGCCAAACGCCGCGGCACAGGUCAACGGCAACAUUCCCCGUCCCAACAUACCUAAUCAACUCGCUGUACCGGGUCAGGCUGGCCGAGGUCGUAUGCCGAUGCAAGCACCGACAGCCAAUAUGGGUGGCGUCCCGGCUCAAAUGGGCGGGCUUGUACCUCCAGCUAUGCAAAUGAAUGGAGUGCCUCAAGCGCAAAUGCAAGCGGCGAUGCAGGCCCAGCAUAGGAUGCCGAUGCCUAACCCACAGCCCGACGUCAACCUCAUGCUCCAGGCUCGCCGUAUCUCGGAACAGCAACGGCAAGCUGUUCAAUUGCAGCAGGCCCAGCAGCAGGCCCAACAGGUCCACCAACAACCACAGCAAUCGCAGCAGCAUCAACAACCGCAGCAGCAGCAGCAGCAGGCCCAGCAGAUGCACCAGGGCACGCCAACCUCUCAUGCGUCUCAAUCUCAUUCUCCGCCUAACAUGCGACCUGCUUCGGUCAACGGUGUGAACGGUGCGAAUGGUGUUAACGUUAACGGCGUCAACCAACAGAGCAUAUAUGCAAAUGCCCAAGCCAUGAUGGCGUCAAUCAAUACUGCCAAUAGCGCCGGAGUAUCAACACCUCCAGCUGGUGGCCUUCAUAUGCCCAAUGGUACAUCAGGUUCACCUCGGCCACUGACCCAGGUGCCUGCAAGUAUUCAAGUGCAGCUGAACAACCUAGAGGCUCAAUAUAGGGCAAAGAACCCGAACCUGACACCCGAACAGGUCCGUCAAGCUGCUACAGAAUACCUCACGCGCUUGAUGAUUGCACAGAGAACGACCAUGUCGCAGAACGCUAUGAAUGCGGCUGCCGGAGGCGGAGGUGCUACCUCUCCUGGUAUUGCUAAUGGCCUUGCAGCCACCACCAGCCCCCACCAGUAUGCUGCUCUGCUGAGGCAGCAACAGCAACAGCAAGCGGCUGCUGCUGCUGCUCAGAAUGGGCAACCUCAGACUGGUCAGCACCAACAAGCACACCACCAGCAGCACCAUGGUCAACAACAAGCACAGCAUCAUCACCAUCAGCAGCAGCAGCAGCAGCAUCAUGCUCAGCAGCAACAGAAUGGCCAGCAGCAACAUGUCCAGCCGCAGCAGACUCAGCACCAGCAACACCAGGUUCGAGCUCAACCUACGCCACAGCCCCAGCACACGCCUCAACCCCCUCCAACGCAGCAGCUGCCGAAGCAGCCCCAGCAUCAAGCUCAGCAAAUCCAACGACCUCCAUCGGCCCAGUCCACCCAAGCAGCGCAGCACCUUCAACAGGCCCAGGCCCAGCAAGCUCAAAAGGUGCAGCAACAACAGCAGACCCAGAAACCCCCAAUGCCUCAGACGCCUCACACUCCUGCUCAACAGGCUCAGAAGCCUCCUACACCUCAGAUGGCCCAGCAAGCACAGAAGCCUCCCACGCCUCACACUCCCGCCCAACAGGUGCAGAAGCCCCCCACGCCACAGAUGCAGCAAGCCCAGACGACACCUCACAUGCCUAAGGCCCCGACGCCUCAGAUGCAGAAAGCUCCGACACCUCAAUUGCAGAAGGCCCAGGCACCAGCAACACCUCAGCAGGCCCAGCAGGCCCAGCAGGUCCAGCAGGCCCAGAAGCAGGCCCAACAGCAUGCACAGCAACAAGCCCAGCAAGUGGCACAACAUGCUCAGCAGCAGCGUCAAGCUAGCGGCAGCGCAACGCCGUCUGCCACACCCGCCACGUGA